GUGUAGUUUUGGUGUAGCUACACCGAAUUCAAAAACAAAUCAAGCUCAAGUUAUGAUGAUGAUUUAUAAUACCUUACGUACAUACAAAGUUUAAAAUCUUACUAUAAAGCUGCAGUUUUUAUUAAUUUUAUUUAGUUCAAACAUAUCGUCAUGACCGGUUCAACCGUGACUACAAAGCAACUUGUCCUGCGUUUAUAUCGUGACCUUCGUCGAUACGGCUCACAAUUGAGAUACACAGACCGUGAUUAUUACUUGGAACGGAUACGGUUUGAGUUCGAACAAAAACGUGAUAUUACAGACCCUAGUGAAAUAGAAUAUUGCUACAAGCGAGGACGUGCUUUACUAGAUCGAGCUCGUGUAGUCUAAAGAUGUUUUCUAAUAAGCUUUUACGUAACUUCCAAUUGUUUAACCGGUCAUUUAUACAUUGCAAAUCUACUAUUGACACAUCCAAAGUUCCGGUUUU